GCAUAUAUUGGUCAAUAUGUUGAUAAACGAUUAACCUAAGCAAAAAUUUUAACUUCGCGUAUAUUUUAUUAAUUUUAUGCUCAAUUACAAUGAACAGUGUUUGGGGCGAAAAUCCUCCGGACGGCAUAGAUGUUUUGCUUCGAUGGCUAGCCACGCUUAGUUACCAAUCUAUAGCAGAACAUGCUAGUCAAUUUCUCGGAGAAGCGGAUUUGUCGGGCAAAGCCCAAUUAGAUUCUUUGAUCAAUCCAAAGGAUGCAGUUUUAAAAAUUGUACGACGCUGCGAUGAACUGUUUUACGAUUGCGAAUUCAAAGGCGACUCGGAGGAAUGCUGCGAUUUACUUGUACCAGUGUUCACUGAGAUGGGAUUCUGCUAUUCUUUUAAUUCCCGUCAUGCUGAAAAGACUUGGCCUUGGCAGACACAAGCUCUACCAGAUCAGUUCGUAGAAGCCUUUAUUCAUGAGACAGAUGCAAAAUGGUCAUUCCUUUUUAAUUCAUAUCGAAAUGACACUACCAUUGACAUUUACAUUCAUUCAACCGAAGAGGUCGCCGGUCUAGAGCAAAGUGCUCAACUGUCGUGGGAUCGUCGCGUAGAAAAAGUGUCGUUUUCAGUGAAGCACACCUACACAACUGAGGAUGCUCGCCAGUUGUCGAUCCGUCAACGCCGUUGUGUGUUCGCGGACGAGCAGAAACUAGAUACAUCGCCUAUCUACACGUAUACCAAUUGCAUGAGGCAGUGCCGCAUGCGCAGGAGUAGGGCGUACUGCAAAUGUGUACCGCAUUUUUACCCUGACACGAAAGGCUACAAAAGAUGCACUGUUCACGAGUUGGACUGCAUAGCGCGACACGCGGAAGCCAUUAUGGACGUCACACGGUGCGCCUGCGAGCUCGGCUGUACACACACCGUUUAUGAAGUUGAGAAGCUAUCUGAAGUUGACUCAUCGAAGGCAGGAGGUAUAAAUUCGCUGGAAACUGAGUUCGUUUCAUGGCCAAUGGUGCGAUACAAGCGCGAGGUACUCUUCGGUUGGGUUGAUUUGUUGGGUAAUGUUUUUUACAUAACGUUUUAUAAUCUUACUUAACAAAGGUAAUCUUUACAUCAUAACUAACAUAAAUUGCUCUCCUCUCCCAAAAUUGCGUCGUAUUCCUCAUUACUGAGGAUCGUGAUCGUGGCUCCCCCUAUAUGGUAAUGGUCAAUUUAUGCUAGCGCAGAGUCGAAGCGCAAUAGAAGCGUCAUUCAGAAACUGUAAAAUAACAAAAUAAUUCAACCUUACCUCCGCAAUGUAAUGCACAUAAGUAUUCCUUCUAGAGCUGAUAAAUUAGUGUUGGAUGCGGUCUUCUUAUUACC